GAGUCGGUGAAGCAAGUUCCACUGCUAUACGUGGUAAUGUCGAAGCGCAGGAAGCAGGAUUAUGUAGCUGUGUUGCAGAAACUGAUAGAAAUAAUGGAAGAGGCGCCGAAAGUCGAAGGUUUUGUGAUGGAUUUUGAAGCAGGUCUAUGGCAGGCCCUCCGCUCCGUUUUCCCGGGUACCCAGCUGAAGGGAUGCGCAUUUCAUUGGUGCCAGGCUGUUCUGCGCCACGUCCAGCACCUGGGGCUAAAGGCAACUUAUGAGCGGAGAGAGGGAGCCCACCAGCUCAUCAGGAAGCUGUUAGCCCUUCCAUUUCUUCCGGGACAACACAUAGAGCGCGCCUUCAUCAAGCUUAAAGACCGGGCAGAGGGGAGUUCGGACCAGAUGAAGGAACUCUUCACGUACGUUGAAGAUCAGUGGAUGGAGAGCUCCCUCUGGAGCACCACUGAGUGGUCUGUGUACCGACAGACGAUACGAACCAACAAUGACACCGAAGGAUGGCAUCGCCGGUUGAACUUUUCUGCCGGUCGGUCAACCCUGCAGUUUUACGUUUUGCUGAGUUUGCUGCUGAGGGAAUCCAAAAUGGUGAAUGUAACACAUCAACUGGUGUCGGAGGCAGCCCUUGGCCGUCAGCGUCGAGAGCGCUACAGAGACAUCGACGCCAGGAUCAUGGAUGAGUGGGACUCAUACGAUUCCCAUGAGGUCACCAGCGAAGAGUUCCUCAAAAAUGUUGGUGCCAUCUACGGCGGCCGAUAGGUGUCAAGACUGA